UCGAAUCAGAUAAUGGAAUUGAAACAGAUUACAAAUUAGAUCCCCAAAUUGAAUCUUUAAUACAAAAUAAUUACCAGUAUUUAGAAAAUUUUAGCGAAUCAGAAUCAGAAUUAUCAGAUCUUCAUUUGGAUGAUUUGGCCUAUACGCACAAACAAAAAAAAGGCAAAUUCAAAUCAGUUGAUGAUUUUCAAGCUACUAUUCAGGCAAAUCAUCAAGAAUUUUUGAACAAUAAUAGCAAACGCAUUCAUGAUUCUGAGGAGUAUUUAAUCAACUAA